GGGAAGAAGAACAGACGCAGAGGAGGAAACCAGAAAGUUACACUGCUGCAGACAUGGACCUGCGCUCUGAGCUGCUGAAGUCCAUCUGGUACGGUUUCACAGCCCUGGAUCUGGAGAAGAGUGGCAAGGUGUCCAAGUCUCAGCUCAAGGUAUUGUCCCACAACCUGUGCACAGUCUUGAGUAUCCCACAUGACCCAGUUGCUUUGGAGGAGCACUUCAGGGAUGAUGAUGAUGGCCCAGUCUCCAGUCAGGGUUACAUGCCUUACCUCAACAAAUACAUCCUGGAUAAGGUUGUGGAGGGCUCUUUCAUUAAGGAAAACGUAGACGAGCUCUGUUGGACUCUUACGGCAAAGAAAAACUACCAGACAGACAAAACCAGCAGCACUGUUCUGCCGGAGAAAGAUGCUUUUCGGCUUUGGUGCCUUUUUAAUUUUCUGUCUGAGGACAAGUACCCUUUGGUUAUGGUCCCUGACGAGGUGGAGUACCUGCUCAAGAAGAUGUGCAUGGCAAUGAGCAUUGAGGUUAACUGUGUUGAAUUAGAGGAUUUCUUCUCCCAAGACUCUGUGCAACAGACCGGCAUUACUGUUUGGGUUUUUUUGGCGAUGAUGAACUCGGGGAAGAUAACCAGAGGAAUUGAUAAGGGCAUAAUCAGCAUGGCUAUAGAGGAAGUAUACAGGGAGAUAGUUGGUGAUGUCCUCAAAGAGGGUUAUCUGUGGAAGAAAGGCCAGCUGAGGAGAAACUGGAAGGAACGAUGGUUCACUUUAAGACCGAGCAACUUGUCCUACUUCACUGGGGAGGACCGCAAGGACUGCCAGGGCAACAUACCUCUGGAUGGGAACUGCUGUGUGGAAGAAGUAGGCGAUGAUCAAAUAUUGUUUGGUCGUUCAAAAUGGAUGAAAAACGUCUUAUUUCCAGUACUGCCAGACCGAGAUGGGAAGAGGUGCAUGUUUUGUCUGAAAACUCUCUCGAAGACCUAUGAGAUGAGUGCCUCAGACACCAAACAGAGACAAGAAUGGACUACAGCCAUCCAGACGGCUAUCAGGCUACACGUGGAGGGGAAAACGUCUCUCCACAAAGAUCUGAAGCUGAAGCGGCGUGAACAACGAGAGCACCGGGAGAAGAGACAACAGUCCAAGGAGGAGGAGUUGCAGAGGCUACGGGCGCUGCAGGAGGAACGGGAACGUAAGCUGGCAGAGCUGGAGCUCCUUAAGGAGGCGCAGAAGCAGGCCCAGGCCCUCUUGGAGCAGGAUGAGCAGAAGAGGCGCCAGCAGCACGAGCAGCUCCAGCAGGCCCUGGAGGUCCAGCUUCGUGAGGCUGAGGAGGCUCGGGUCAGCAUGCAGGCAGAGAUGGUUCUGAAAGAGGAGGAGGCAGAGAAACAGAGGAAGAGGAUCCUGGAGCUGGAAGAGAUGCAGAAGCGUCUGGAGGAGGCGCUGCAGCUGGAGAUCAAAGCCAGGCUGGAUGAGGAGUCCUUCCGUUAUGAUCAAGCACGGUUACUGGCAGAUGAAGAAGAGAAAAUGAAGGCCUUGAUGGCCCUGCAGGAGGAGCAGGAGGAGUACAUCCUGAAGACAGAGAGGGAGAAACAGGAGCUGAAACAGGAAAUGGAUUCCAAGUCCCGCUCCCUGGAUGAUGCACAGAGGCAGCUGGAGGAGGUCCGCGCCAACCGGCACAGGGUUGACCAGGAUGUCGUGGCCGCCCAGAGGAAACUGCGGCAAGCGAGCACCAACGUCAAACACUGGAAUGUCCAGAUGAACAGACUGAUGCGACCAAUCGGACCUGGCGAGAAACGACCAUCAUUGGGAAGCUCCUACUCAUCUUUCCAGAUCCCAACACAAAGAGACCCCGGGCUGCGUCUUAGAAGGAGAUCAGGAUCAGAGGAUCAGGACGAGGAGAGCAAAGAAAAUGUUGAUAGCAGACCUGGAUGUGAUUUAGAGAAACGUCACUCCCAUGCCUCAAACGGGGACAUGGACAUCCCCUAAAAAAACAUGAAUCACUGAGGCUGUGUAAUCACUUAUGGUGCCGCUGUGAGGUGUUCUGACAGGAAGGGCAGGAGACAACUGUGACAAUUGAAAUAUGUGAACAGUAUGAAACAGUGGGACAUCUAAGGUUAAACUGAACUUACAGUACUACAACUUUCAUUAAAUGUUGUAUUUACUGACCUCAUUUCACAGACAGAAACAGUUUUAAAACAAUUUAAUGAGAAUAUGCAUUUGCAUUAUUAACUGCUCAACUAAUGCUUUGACUGCUGCCUGUGUGAGGCCUGCUCGGGACUGAAAUGAUACCUCAGUGCAUAGAAAAUUAGAUGUAAGCAUCAUCCUGCAAGUACAAAGUUAGUUAUAAUGUUUAAAAGCUAAUUCAUACACACAGGAAGGAAGCUUGUGUUUAGCUCUGGUAUAUACACUGAUAAUGUUUGAAUUUUAUAUAUGUAUUUUUUGGUGGUGAGAGGUGUUUUGACUUUUUGAUGUAAAAAGUUGGUUCAGUAUUAAGAGUUCAAUGCAAUGUCAGUCAAAUAGUGUAACUCCUGAUAAACAGGAAAGAGAGGCAGAGCGGUAAGAGAGAGAAACUCUCAUUAAACUUCCUGUUUCUACUGCCAGUUAACAUUAUUGUAAAUAAAAAGAGUGAAUUGAUGCCUUAA